CACUGGCUCUGACAGCACGUGUUUUGACGAAAACGAAUUUACAAGUACAAUGGAUGCCUUGUGUAACUGGUUGAGGUCUAAGGACCCUCUCUUCAAAGUUGCAGAUCAACUGCUGGGUCUGGCCAACUUUCCAGUAACUGGUAGAGGCAUCAUAGCCAAGGCACACAUCCCAAAGGGAUCACUUCUUCUGCAAAUACCAAGAGAAUUGUGCCUGAGCCAGGAGACGGCUAGGAUGUAUCCGCCCUUGAAGGACAUUUUUGCUGCUGUACCAGAGCUUAGUUCAGAUGAUGUGAUUGCCCUGUGUUUGAUGCACCAGAGACUGCAAGGUGAAGAGGCACCUAACUAUGAGCACAUCCGCCUCAUACCUGGGAUAGACCAAGGGGCAGAACCUUAUCAGCAGACUAUAUUCUGGACAGAUGAAGAGCUGGAUGAACUGAAAGGGUCAAAGAUCUACACCAUUACCAAACAACUUCAUUCUCAGCUAAGAUCAGACUAUAAUAACAUUGUUGUCCGGGUGUUCAUGAGAUUCCCAAAGGUUUUACCUCUGAAGUCAUAUUCCUACGAUAUCUACUUGUGGGCACUGGCAACUAUCUGGUCUCGUGCUAUGGACUUUCAGGUGAAUGAUGAGACGGUGGGACGUUACAUAGUUCCAGUGGCAGAUAUGUUUAACACUGAUCCACACUCUGAGGUCUGUCACUUCUACAAUGUGGCCAAUAACACCAUUGGUAUCAUGGCUAACAAAGACUACCAGGCCGGUGAGCAGGUGUUCAUUAACUAUGGGGAAGUCCCUAAUGCUCGUCUGCUUCAGCUGCAUGGGUUUACCAUUGAGAAUAACCCUGGUGAGGUGGUAGAAUUGUACGCACCCUUAAGUCCUCAAGUUGAAUGUUUUAGUAACAAACUUAGUCUACUGGGAAAAAUGGGAGUAAAUCCUAACCAGCCUCAUUUACUUUCUGCAUCCACACCACUUCCCCCCAAAUUGCUUCCAUCAUUAAGGGUUCAGUUUGGGACAGAAGACAUCCUAAAGAAAGUUGAAAGCGAGGCACUGUCAUUUGACAGCAGUGUAGACCCAAAAUAUGAGGGUGAAAUCCUGAAGUUCCUGGAGUCCGGGAUACAGGGGAUGCUGGCACAGUAUCCUGCAGACUCUGACACAGAUAGCGAAGAAAUGGGAGAUGGUAGUCAACCUCAGUCUAGAAAGAAAAUGGCUGUUAUUUUGAGGCAUGGUGAAAAAGCCUUUUUAGAGAAAUCAUUGAAAACUGUGCAGGAAUUGCUUGAAAGUCUGUGAAGACUGACUGAUUAUGUCCAACUUUGAACCCAGACAUUCUGAAAAGAAUAGUUAAUGUCAUCUUAUAAAUAAUAUUUGGGGAAUUUACUGCCAAAUCAUAUUGCCUAAACAGUAUUCUUUGGAGCAAUUUGUAAUUUACAAAUUCUUGGAUUAACUUAAAAGCCUUAUUUUUAAAAAAUCUUUAAUGUGUAGAGUUGUUUGUUGCUGGCAGUUAGCAAGGGAGUUAUGAAGGGGUAAACAACAAACAUCAUUUUCCAGUGACAAUAAUCCCUGGCAUACGAAUCAUGACAACACAAUAAAUAAUCUUUAAUAAUAAUGUUUAUUAAUAUUGUAGAAAAUGUUUAUUUAAUGUUAUUUAGGUGGGAUUUGUAAACAAAUUUCUGCAAGUCUCAGAAUAGGUUUAUCUCAAUUUUCAAUAAGUGGAAUUCGUCUGUACUGUGAAUAGGUGCUCAAUAUAAACAAAAUAUUAAUUUAAAAAAAUUAAAAAAUUAAAAUUAAAAAAAUACCUAAAACAUGCAUCUUAUGCAUUGUGUUUUUUUUAGUAAGAUACGUAGUGUCUUUUCAUGGCAUAAUUACAUAUGAAAAACCUACAAAAAUACUUAUUACAUAAAAAAAUACCAAGUUAUUACAGGUAAUAUUCACAUACAAUAAAAUGGCAUUAAGAGCAGGACUACUAACUCCAGCUACUGAGAGAAUUUCAAGAAGUGAAAAUUAUCUAAUAUAUUUCAGAGAACUGAUAAUUUACCUAGAGAACCUUAUUUUUAGGUAAAUACAUAAAUAUAAGAAAUGUUUUAAAUUUGGAAUAACCCAGCUAAUCAGAUGAUUUUUAUAAUCAUGUAAAAAUAUCCAAAUCCUAAUAAUUUUGUUGAAUUUUUGCAUUAACUCAUCUCAUUUUAAACAAUAUAAGAAGUUGAUACUACUUUCUGUUCUGUCAUAAAUCAAAUCUUAAGCAAGCAUGUCUACAUUAAGUUAUGUGGUUUGUAAUAAUAUUUUAAUUAAGACAUGAGAAGCAUGAUGGAAAAGCUGAAAAUAUCGAAUUGAUUUGUGGAUUCUUCCAAUAUAAAUGUUUUUGUUACCUGAAAGCAUGUUCAUUCCUUGUAGAGUACUGUAAUUUGGGAAAAUCUUCAGGCCUACAGAGUACUAAAUAAAGUAGUCAUUCUAUGGAAGAUAUACAGGUUAAUACAUGACAGGGGCAGGAUCCUUCUUUACAAUAAACUACAAUUUCAAACAAAAUGAAAUGGCACUGAACACAAAAUGACUGAUAAAAGUCCAACGACUAAAAGCAGUUUUCCUCACAAAUGACUAGUGGAAAUCAGCACCUCUAAAUAAAACUGAUGAAAUAAUAAGGAAAAAAUCUCAAAUCAAACCACAGUAUUUUGUAAUUUUGACUAGCCAUUAUAGGUAAACCAAUAAAACUAUAUUGUUCAGUGCAGUAAUAAGUUCUGUGUUUGGUGAUUCAGAGAAAAAAGGUGUUCAUGCGUCAAUGGACCCUUUUCCCAUAAAAAGUAAAAAAUUGUGUCAAAAAACAUAUAUUGAGUGUACUGAUUUGAAUAAUGCUACAGCCUUAGCUUGUACUACUUUUAAAAAUGGAUACAAUAUACAUCUUGAAAUAUAAGAAGCAAACUCACCUCAUCAUAUUUUGAAAUACAAUUAAUUUCAGUUUAGAAUAACUGUUAAACAUGAUAUUUGCAGCAGUAAUGUAGAUUUGUUUCAUAUCUUUAUCGCAGAACACAUAAGUGGCCUUAAACGGCCAAUUCCUCAUGAGAAAAUUUUCACAGCUGGCAUUCUUUUUCUUGUUGCUAUUUAGCAAAGCAAUGAUACAGCUUUAAAAAACAUGAGCUGGCAGCUUUUGGUUACCUACAAGCAUGAUAUAUGACGCGAGUUGAAAAACCUGCACAUUAUGAGGGUCUACCAAUAUAUUAACUUUGUGCUUCGAUGUAGUAAUUCCUGAAAUCACACAAAGAUACUACAAUAUCCCCAUUUAAUAGUACUCGAGCCAUUUCACAUCAAGUGACAUGCUUAACUAAUCCAGUUAACUUCUCAGGUCCUAACAUGUCUAUAUUUACUGGGGGUUAAAUUACUGCCUUUCAUAAGUUCUCCACAAGCUCUCUGUGCAGUUAACUGGUUGACUGUGUCCAGUACAGAGUCUCCGUUAAGGAAUCUCCCUUACAAGACUGUGAGCACAUUCAGAGCAGCAGACUAACAGAUCUGCAGAUCAAAUAUAGCAACCCACUAAAAAGCUUGCUGCUUAAUUCCCAAUUAGACACUG